AUGCCGACCCCCCAAGUUAUCAAGUCACGCUUCAAAGGUUUUGUUCGGUCUCUCGCCAGUGGUACUCUGCUGGCAUCGAAUUUCUCUACUACCGACCUCAACUUGACGAAGGAAAUAGCUUCUUGCUUUUCACCAACACUGUGUGCCCAUCGAUUCGCUCCCGAGGACGAAGAAAACUCGAAUAGCCUAACGGCACGGCUUCUAGGUCGAGUGAAGAAGAACCUGAGGACUUUUGUUGCUCCGAGGAUCUCUUUUUCGAUCAACAGCCUUGCACCCUUAGCAAAAUGCAAGGAGCUCUGCUAUCUUUCUCUCCACUUAGUAGCUGAGCCAAUCGCGCUUCCUGCGAUCAAGAAAGCCAUCAGCAAUAUCGACAAAUUGCAAUCCCUUGAGCUUUCAUCUACAACUCUCAUCACAGACGAUAGUUCCACUGAAGAUUGGCCGCCCAAUCUAAGAUACCUCCAGGUUGGCGGGCAAUUUGUUACAGAUAGAAUGUAUUCGUUCAAAUGGCCUCCCAACUUGGUAUCGUUGACAUUAUGUGGUUGUGAUAGUCUAAACACUCCCAUCUUGGAAGAUAUUCUCAUCAAUGAGCAGCUCCGUACCACACUUACGCAGUUGAUCAUUCACAGUGCCAAUAGCGAGAUGUUCAAGGAGGGACCAUCUGGGAUCUUACGCGCACUCAUGGCUUUAGAGUCUCUUCGAAUACCCAUUGAUCUGCUUUACGAAUUUCUCAUUCUUCCUGCAUUCGACUCAAGGGAUUCUCCAUUGUCAAUUCGUGGACUGGAGCUCACGGCACCAUAUAACGAGAACUUUUCUACAGUCAUUGAUCCCGAUGAUAUUUGCAAGGCCCUGAAAAUGAAUCUCUCUCGAUUGUGCGCUCUUGGUAUCAGUGCUAGCUGUCUUGGAAUAAUACCCGAAGCAUCACAUGCCAAAAUCGACAAGUGGUUGUGGAAGAAUAUUGAUAAGUGUCCUGAGGAAGAGCUUGAUUCUCUUUUUGACUUGGGUCUCUAUGUCAUGGCUGAGCCAAUGUGCUAA